AUGUCCACCCGUACCAGCUAUCACAUGUCGUUGUCUUACGUUAUUUUGAAUGAAUUUGAACUUAAUUCUCAUUUCUAUGCAUGUCCAGAGAACUGGACGAUGAGUGAAGUGGAGAGAGUGAAAAGCCCAAUCUUGGGAACGUAUUUAAUGAUAAGUGGAACUAUCUAUGUGAUCCUUUACAUUCUCUGUCUUAUCACUAUGUUCAAACGUGAACUGAUCCGCCAUCCAGCUUAUAAGAUCAUGGUCUGUUUGGCUCUUUUCGAUAUACCAUCUCUUUUCAUCGCAUGCAUAUUCACUGGCUAUUUCGGUUACUUUGGAAUAUAUUUUUGCGAUUAUCCACGACUUAUAUUCGUUCUUGGAUCUUUUGGCUUCGGGCUAUGGAUGGGAUGCUCAUUUUCGUGUAGCGCUCUAGCUCUGUGCCGAAUUAGCGGUGUGAAUCCCAAUUUAAAAAUCAAGUGGAUUUUCAGAAGCCCCUGUAUUUACUUUUUGAUACUUUUGGUUUUCCUACUUCCGUUUUACGGAUCAUUCUUCACUGAAGCACUGAUAUUUCGCCCUGAAUAUAUGUCAUGGUUCUUCGAUCCUGGAACAGGGCUUGUAGAUUCAUCAAAGUAUCAUAAUAUUUCUCAAGCUGUUAACAAUGAAGCGGAAAGCGUAGUUACUACUCUUCUAUACGCUUAUUUGGUAUUUUAUCUGAUAAGAAGUCAAACAAAUCAGCUAUCAGCUCAUGAUGCUCGAGUCCAGCGCCAAGUCAUACUUCAAGCUGCCAUAAUCUGUUUCUUCCACUCUCUAGCUUCAUCUGUAUACGUAUAUAUGCAAUUUUUUUACUCCCCUGCUUGGCUUAUCAUUUUUGCUCAAAUCGGCUGGCAGAUCUGCACAGGAUUCGUUACGAUCGUGUAUCUGACAUUGAACCCAACUAUCCGGUCACAAGUUUGCAAAUUGAUAUGCCCGAAGAAGCUUCAGAAAACCAAUCAAAUUUCUCAUUUUUCGGACGCUGUAUUAAAUAUCUGA